AUGGCAUUUGACAGCGUGCGAGCGAGCGAGCGAACGAGCGGGCCAUCGGAAAGUUCCCCGGCAACAACAUCGUCCAAAAGGAUGCCCUAUUGUCUGAAGAAAAAAGCCGGUGUCACACAUUUUGCGGCGCGUGUUAUCCGCUCCAUGUACCUCGGUCGUUACGCAAGCCGUUCGGUGCCAAGUUCGAGUCUACGUCUGUGGCCUCCUGGCCUAGCCUCCUGGCCUCCCGGCCUCUUGCGUGCUACGGUGCACAGCAGAAUCAGGACCUGCUCCGUCUACGACCCCGUCGCUGACCCUCAAGUUGAACGAGAAACAGACACCGAUCAGGUGAAAACGAUCCUCGAUCUCCGUUGCACUUUCUCCGCCAGUCUGAUCGUCACAGAACGAGUGCAGGGUCGAAAUCGAAAAUAUGCCAAAAGCCUGGACGGAAACGACAGGCGACAUGAGUUUUUUCUCGACAACCGUUUCUUUCGCCUCUUAGAUAGUGAAUUUCAGGUCGACGACCUCAUUUCGGUGUUUUGUUUCGAGGUGGCCUCAAAGCAAAAACCGCCUGAACCAAUGCUCAGAAACGAGCCGACGGUCCGCUGUCGCGGAGGAUCGGACGCCGUCCACCAGAGGGAGGAUUUCGCCUCACAAAAACGUCGUUAA